CGAGGGAAUCGAAUUUCAAGUGUCGCAUUGCUCCUUGUAUUAAAAGGUCACUUGAUAUAUAGAACAGCAUUUGAGUGACCAACCAACGGGGUUUUUAUCGUCAGCGCAUAAACGCUUGAAUCAAAAGGAUUUCUUCGUUCGGUCACGACUAAAUCUUGGUGAGUAAUGAUUCAAAAAUAGGCAGUUUUUCUAGUAUUAUUCCAUUAGCUAAGAUGUUAUGUUCCGCUUACCUGUGAAUUGAAGCCUAGCUACGCCAACUUAAGCGUUCACUAACGACAGCCACUGACUGUUACAAUGCCCGCCAAAACCAUGCUACAUUCAAACACAGCCGUUUGCAAGCAGUCCGCUUUCAAUGCUAUUUUGUUUUUUGCACGGGUUUUUACGCCAAAUUACUACCAAAGUGUUUUUGCCAUAUAAUACGUGUUGAAUUCAGCGAUUAAUCAAGUGUAGAAAUUAUUUGAAAUUCAAAUUUUCCCUUAAAAAAACAAAGACAAAAAAAAUCAUACAAUCUCGAUUGCGCGACAGAGCAGGGAAGUAUUCCACCACUGCAUGCUGCACGUUGCAGGAGCCCAAACGACAAUUCCUUUAUAUUUUUAUUUUUCCAGUAUACCUAAUCACAUUGUGUUGUCAGACGAUGGCUAGUGUUUCGGGUGUUUUAUAUACUGUAGGUAGAGGAACGAAGAGGCCCGAAUCUCAUGCGUGUCGUGGAAGUCAUACUCAACAUUUCAAAAUUUUAACGCGGAAUGGUCAGUAGACAGUGAAAUUGUUUAGUGAAGCGCUACUCCCUAUAAAGGGAUAAUGGGCCUUUUUAAAGAUGCUCCGCCCUACAGGGGUUGUAAAAAGUUAUAGAAAAGAUCAAGAGUAAAGAAAACUGCUAUCGAUUGACCUCAUUCUGGAAAAUCCAAAAAAUAAUGCGGAAUAUCCUGCUCGAUUGACCUGCUUUUCUAAUUCCGGAAAAAACGGAGCAUAUUCCAAGCAUUCUUCUCCAGUUCUGCUUGGAUUAAAAUUAAAAACGGAAUAAUGACGUCAUUUUCCUUGUGUCGUGGUUGGUUUUUACUGCAACAUAAAAUAAAAAACUGCGGAUGUCGUCGCGUCGGUGACAAUAAAAGCAGAUGGGACACUUUUCUACACGAGGCAAGCGAGAAUGCUGGGAGUAAGGGAAGAGCGUUCCAAGGAAAAUAGCGGCAGGUUGCUUGAUUGAAAAAGUGUUUUUGAAUCUUAAAUAUGCCACGAGGUACUCGUUGCUGCGUUCCAAAGACGAGAACACUUGAUCGCGGCAGGAGCACCUCGUGAUCGCAGAUUGGUUAUCAUUUUCAGCAGUAAAACCAUUCUUGCUGACGUUGCAUUUUAACUUGCAUUAUCAGCAAGUUCGAAGUUAAGUUCCAGUGGUGGUCUGUUAAACCUUUUUUUUUGUCGGCUUUUGCCUUGAAGAUGAACAAUGCGUUUUUUUUUAAGUGAGCCAGGCGAAACAAUAAUCGAGGCUGAGGCCUUGUAUUCAUUCCCAGGGUUCUCUCCUACUCGUCCCUACGGAGCACGAACUGGGAACAAGGUUGAGGUGAAUCCAUGGAACGAAAAUAAGAACGAAACUACGGUAUAUUGCAAGUCGAAUCAUUAACCAUGAAAGUAGCUAUUAGAAAAGGCGUUUCCAUUUCCGUCCGCAGAUAUGUCUUGCAAAACUAUUUUUAGCAAGUUUAUUUACGUUUUUUUGUUUGGUUGUUUGUAAUAUUGGUUUUAUUUAGUUGACGAACUUUUAACCCUUUUAUAAGCUAAGUGCUCUUGGCUAAUGACCAGAUUCAUCUUCAACAAAGCAGUUAAUGAGCCUUGAGUUUAUUCAAGCGACGGAUUUUGCUACUACGAGAAAAGAAUGCUUAACGACUACUUAUGUUUCCGUUUUUUUAAUCAAUUCAUUUUUCAAAGACUAGGCUGACUCCGAGGUUUUUGCAUGUCACGUCUUCUCAAUCAACCAAUUUUAAAACGUUUCCCCGGGUGUACUUCUUCUUUCCUUCCCCAAUGUUGUGAUUCGCGUAUACACCUGAUUGAAAAAACGUUGUCGCUUGAAAAGUAAAAACCAUGAACGAUGGGACCUAAUGGAUUUAUGGGUACAACUUAAUUAGCACUGCAAAUUUAAAGUUCUUCUAAAAAAUGUUUACAUUUACGAAGCUUUUCGCGACGAUGCAUUCCAAAAAACUUAAAACGGUUUCCAGUAUUUACGGCUCACAACUUCACCAGUGCUGGACACAUAAGAUAUUUCUACAGUUAAAGAGCGUAGCCAUAUCGCUAACGCACACUUGAAAAUCAUAAGAUAGAACCUAUAAAAGCGUUCUUGGAAGACAAAAAAAGGCAACAGCAUGCCUUAAACAAAGUACUCUAGGGAUUUGCAUCCGCACGAGCAUCUCGUGACAAUGUAAACUUUUGUCGAAAGAACUUUGAAUUUGCUUUGCUAAUGAACGUAUACCCAUAAAUCCUUGAAACCUCAUCGUUCAUGGUUUAUACUUUUUAGCGACCACGUUUUUUCAAUCAGGUAUAUUUGCAAAUGGUGAAACGUGAAUCAACAUUGGGGAGGGCAUAACGUGACAGGUGUUUCAACAAAUUUGACGAGUAUUGUAGUUAUAGACUCUUAAACAUUUCUUUCUCACCUUUCCUCUCUUAUAACUUAUUCUGACUUUAAUCAAAACUAUUUUUGGCCUGGAUAACAAAAGCAUGCAAACAUCAAAAUGAACCAAUCAGAGCUCGAAGCCUGUUGUCCGGAGUGGCAAGCGCGGGAAACGAGUGGGAACAAGUGACGAUCAGUUUCGUCUUGUACCUGAUUGGUUAAGAAAAUGCGAGAGAUUUUUAACCAGUCAAGAGAGGUAGAAAUGCAAUACCAAAGAAUGGCUAAAUUACCAACCACUUAAUAAGGAAAGCUUUAAACGAUUUAACGUACAUUUUUUGUUUCAGUUUUAGUCAUGAAGGUGUCCGUUUUGUGCUGCUGUGUUUUGCUUCUUGCCUCCCUUCACUCAUGCCAAUCCUACAAUCCGUUUGCCCAGUUUGGUGUCUACUGCAAUCGGGAAGCUUAUGGAAAACAGGUCACCAAGAAAGGCUGUGAUUCGAAGUACACCCAAGUAAAGGCCUGCCUUGGUACAUGCGCGUCAUACGCAAUUCCGCUGUCCCACCCGCCUUAUUUCAAACGAAAGUGUGAAUGUUGCAAGCCGUCCCUCACCAGUGUGAAAAUUGUAAGCCUGGAAAACUGCGACCCAGGGGUCUCCCCCUUAGUACAAGUGGAAUCAGCAGAAAAUUGCCAGUGCCACAGCUGUUCGUAACAACGGAUGAGAGCCACUGUUUUGUGAAAAUUUUGAGCGGUAGAUGAAACGUUAAUUACACGCUUGGAAGCUUGUAACUUGGUAGUAUCACGAUAUAUUUUGUGCUAGAAGUCCCUAACGCGGCUUUUCCUAUACCUUGUAAGAACUUUUUGUGUAAGAAUGUGAACCUUGUAUG